AUGCUUAAAACCUCGAACACUUGCCGAGUUGCUGUACACCACCGUCCACCAGCUAGACUCUAAAAGCAAACACGCGUGAAAACUACUCCUUCUAUAGGUCAGUUGUUUAUCAAAAAGUAAAACAUUCAAGUUUCUGUAUUUGAUCCAGCUAAAAGCCCCAGAUCAUCAAACCCUAAUUGUAAUGGUAGGAUUAUUACUAAUACUCACCCUUGUAUUUUCACCUCUGAUUAUUUUAUUUUCACCUCUAAUUAUAACCCUAAUUUUAACGGUCAUCAAAUCUCGCCGGCGCCGGAAACACGCCGUCGGAUUCUUCCACCCCUACACCAACGACGGCGGCGGCGGAGAGCGAGUGCUAUGGUGCGCCGUCAAAGGCAUCCAAGAACUCUCGCCGGACCUCGACUGUGUCGUUUACACCGGCGAUCAUGAUGCCUCGCCGGAGAGCCUCAAAGCUCGCGCCAUCGAUCGCUUUGGAGUUGAGUUAGUUAGUUCUCCGAAGGUGGUACAUCUAUACAAGAGGAAGUGGAUUGAAGAUACAACUUACCCUCGCUUUACAAUGAUUGGUCAGAGCCUUGGAUCAAUAUACCUUUCAUGGGAAGCCUUGUGCAAGUUGGUUCCUGUAUAUUAUUUUGAUACAAGUGGAUAUGCUUUUACAUAUCCUGUUGCGAGGGUAUUUGGUUGCAAAGUUAUAUGCUACACGCAUUACCCAACAAUCAGUUUAGACAUGCUAUCUCGUGUCAACGCAAGGACUUCGAUGUACAAUAAUGAUCAAUUGGUUGCUAAAAGUGUUCUGCUAUCCCAUGUCAAAGUCAUCUAUUACACAAUUUUUAGCUGGCUUUACGGGAUUGUAGGCUCUUUUGCACACCUUGUGAUGGUCAAUUCUUCUUGGACUCGAGCUCACAUUGUUAAGCUGUGGGGGAAUCCAGAUCGUAUCUACCGAGUCUAUCCGCCUUGUGAUACCUCAGGGCUUCAGGUGCUUCCCUUAAAGAGACCAGCAACACCUCCAAUAUUUAUAUCCGUGUCUCAAUUUCGUCCAGAAAAGGCACACAGUCUUCAACUUGAGGCAUUUGCACUUGUCAUAAUGAAUCUAGAUUCAGCCUUGCCAACGCCAAAACUUCAAUUUGUCGGUAGUUGUCGGAAUGAGGCUGAUGAAAUGAGGCUGCAUAAACUGAAAGAUCAAGCUAUAGAACUGAAGGUCGAUGGCCAUGUGGAGUUCCACAAGAAUGUUACGUAUAGGAAUUUGGUGGAGCUUUUGGGUGCUGCUACUGCAGGACUUCAUGCAAUGACUGAUGAGCAUUUUGGCAUCAGCGUUGUGGAGUACAUGGCAGCAGGAGCAAUACCGAUUGCUCAUAAUUCGGCAGGACCAAAAAUGGACAUUGUAUUGACAGAAGAUGGGAAAAAGGUUGGGUUCCUAGCUCAAGAUGUAGAAGAAUAUAAAGAUGCCAUGUUGCAAGUUAUAAUGAUGUCAGAAAGUGAGAGGCUUGAAAUGGCUGAGGCUGCAAGGCUGAGGGCAAGCAACUUUUCAGAGCAGAGGUUUUAUCAAGAUUAUAAAGCUGUUGUUCAACAAAUCUUAUGUCAUUCCAAGAAGGAAUAAAGACUGUUUGGCAUUAAUAAUAGAGAUUGGUGCUCCAUGUACUUGGUUAAAGAGGAACAAUGUAGAACAAAAUUCAUCAUUUAAAGCUAUUUGUUGAAUUUAUUUGCAAA